AUGAAUCAGCAGCAUCUCUUCCGCGAGGACUCCAUCGCUGUUCGAUUGCUGGAGGCGAAACGGCAAGGCUUGGUUGCUUCGACGGAAUGGGCCGACAGCGAGCGGCGGAAUAGAAACCGCUCGCGAAGAAAGUCUGAGCGGACGACCGUCCCUAAUACGUUGUGCAACGAGUGUCUCAAGACUAGCCAGAGUGGCCCCAACGACCACAAGGUCGAGCCGAUGAGUUCGUGCGGACGGUGCGGCAUUUCACUGCACGACACCUGCUCCAACAGAGCCACCGAUGCAUCCGUGCCUCUAUCCCGACUGGUGGCUGCCGGGAACCGUUGGUUCUGCGACGAAUGCGAACCCUGCGAUGUUUGCUGCAUCGCGAAUGAAAGCUUAAGCGGUGUUCCGCGAUGCGUUGUGGAAUGUGCUGAAUGUUUGCUACGAUUUCACUUCCAGUGCAUGGUGCCGCAGGUGCCCCCGGCUGCGGAAGUUAAAUCUGGAUGGCGAUGCACCCGCUGUGACGUUGCUGAUAAACCUGGUCAUGGAAAUAUUUGUGAAGAAGAUCUUGGAAAAACUCACCUGAGCACAGGCGAAGACGUGAUCGGUUCCGUGAACAUGAUGAUUCCAACCAUGAUUCCAAAACCUACAUUCGUACGGGCCCAUAUAAACGAGUCGGAACUGAUCAAUGGACGAAUUGAGGCUAUGAGGAUUAACCUAGGCGAGCAGGUAACGGAGGACGAUUUAGACAUAUAUCGAGAGGUGCUGCUGCAAAAGUGUAAGCUGGAACAGGACAACCUGCAACGUACACCGGAAACAAUUCAGUUCGGUAAACACGUGAUCAAUACGUGGUACUCGAGCCCCUUCCCACAAGAAUACGCGAAACUGAAGGUGCUGUAUAUGUGCGAGUUCUGCUUGAAGUACAUGAAAAGUGGCGCGGAACUGUGUCGGCACCAGAGAAAGUGCGCUUUGCGGCAUCCGCCGGGAGUGGAAAUUUACCGCGACGGCGAUUUAGCGAUGUUCGAGGUGGACGGCAACGAGCAGAGGCUGUACUGUCAGAGCCUGUGCCUGCUGGCCAAGCUGUUUCUCGACCACAAGACGCUGUACUUCGACGUAGAGUCGUUUCUGUUCUACGUUAUGACCAAGCGUGAUUCUCGUGGCCACCACAUGGUGGGGUACUUUUCGAAAGAAAAGCACAGCCAACUUUGCUACAACUUGUCGUGCAUUCUGACGAUGCCACAGUACCAGCGACUGGGUUAUGGCCGCUUUCUGAUCGAUUUCAGCUAUCUGUUGAGCCGGGUAGAGCAGAAAACUGGCACACCGGAAAAACCGUUCUCCGACUUGGGCCGAGUAUCGUACCACCGGUACUGGUGCUCGGCGAUCCUGUCCUUUCUGUACCUCAAUCGCUACGGUUCCCUAACACUGGAGGAUAUUUCCAAGGAAACGGGAUUGUCGGUUUGCGAUGUUGUGCAGGCUUUGCGAAACCUGGGAUUCAUCUGGUACCGCUGUGUAACGAAGGGCUGCACGCGCAUGUUCGCGCCGAUCGUGUGCAUCGACUGGCGACUUGUUGAUCGCUAUCACGAGCGUCGAAAGGGUUCCUCCAAACGGAUCGAACUGCGUGAGAUGUGUCUUCGGUGGGUCCCGAAGCGAUAUGUUGUUGCCAUCAAUCAAACGGUCCUCGAAGCUCGUGGCCAGGAGUCGUCCGCUUCUGGGCAACACUCAAGCUCACAAUCAAAUUUAAGUUCAGUGGUAGAGAACGAUAUGACCAGGACGAGCACUGGCCGGCGGCGUGUUCGCUCGCGUCGCUACAGUGAAUCUAUUUUCUCGCUCUCCUUGACAACAGGCACUCCGAAGAAAGAAAGGAAUACUGGCGGAGGAAAAAUUUUAACAAGUUCAACGGACUCUGUGUGCGUAACACCCUUAGCAGCGUCCCCCGGCCGAAUGUCGCGGUACUCCGGCACGACCACCUCGGAAGGAGAGGUUUCUCUCGAUAGCGUCGAAGCGUUCAUGGGUACACCUAAGAGUGAGUUUUUGAAAUCAUCUCCCGAAAAGCUUUUUCACGGUUUUACGCCGAUCGCUCCAUUUCGUCAGUUUACCGGGAAUGACGACCGUACGGUUGUUGUAACUGACCCGUCGAACGGUCGCGGUGAACACCACACACAGCCCUGCACGCCAUCGGUGCGUUUAGAUACCGACAUCAUUAUUUCACUGUCCGUAACCGUAGUGUCGCAACUGGACCUUUUUAUCGAGGGUUCACUGUACAAGACCUGCCUCCGAACUCCGACACAACAGCAAAAGGUUCGUUUCGCGUGA